AGAGGAUUGGGGGAUUUUUAUAUGGUGAGUCUUGGGUUGACCAUCUGCUGUCUGUUGAACUGUAAUAAUGAAGUCAGUCUGUUCUGAUGACCAUGUCCUGUGGAGAAGAACAGAUCACAUCAUCUCUAUGAGAAUUUAUCAUUUCCUUUAAUGCUUCUCUUCCUAGGUUUUGAAGGAGUCACCUGUGAGCGGAACAUAGAUGACUGUCCUAACCACAAGUGUCAGAAUGGAGGGGUUUGUGUGGAUGGGGUCAAUACGUACAACUGCCGCUGUCCCCCUCAGUGGACAGGACAGUUCUGCACAGAAGAUGUGGAUGAGUGCCUGCUGCAACCCAAUGCCUGUCAGAACGGGGGCACCUGUACCAACCGCAAUGGGGGCUACGGCUGUGUGUGUGUGAAUGGCUGGAGCGGGGACGACUGCAGUGAGAACAUCGAUGAUUGUGCCUUCGCCUCCUGCACCCCGGGCUCUACCUGCAUCGAUCGUGUGGCCUCCUUCUCUUGUAUGUGCCCAGAAGGAAAGGCAGGUCUCUUAUGUCAUCUGGAUGACGCGUGCAUCAGCAACCCCUGCCACAAGGGGGCGCUGUGUGACACCAACCCUCUGAAUGGACAGUAUAUUUGCACCUGCCCACAAGGCUACAAAGGGAGUGAUUGUACAGAAGAUGUGGAUGAGUGUGCCAUGGCCAACAGCAAUCCUUGUGAGCAUGCAGGAAAAUGUGUGAACACAGAUGGUGCCUUCCACUGUGAGUGUCUGAAGGGCUAUGCAGGACCUCGUUGUGAGAUGGACAUCAAUGAGUGCCACUCAGACCCCUGCAAGAAUGACGCCACCUGUCUGGAUAAGAUCGGAGGCUUCACAUGUCUGUGCAUGCCAGGUUUCAAAGGUGUGCAUUGUGAGUUGGAGAUAAAUGAAUGUCAGAGCAACCCUUGUGUGAACAAUGGACAGUGUGUGGAUAAAGUCAAUCGCUUCCAGUGUCUGUGUCCGCCUGGAUUCACGGGGCCAGUUUGCCAGAUCGAUAUUGACGACUGUUCUAGUACUCCAUGUCUGAAUGGGGCAAAGUGUAUAGAUCACCCGAAUGGUUAUGAGUGCCAGUGUGCCACAGGAUUCACUGGUGUGUUAUGUGAGGAGAACAUCGACAACUGUGACCCUGAUCCUUGCCACCACGGCCAGUGUCAGGAUGGCAUUGAUUCCUACACCUGCAUCUGCAAUCCAGGCUACAUGGGUGCCAUCUGCAGUGACCAGAUAGAUGAAUGCUAUAGCAGCCCUUGCCUGAAUGAGGGUCGCUGCAUCGACCUGGUGAAUGGUUACCAGUGCAACUGCCAGCCAGGCACGUCAGGUGUUAAUUGUGAAAUCAAUUUUGAUGACUGUGCAAGUAACCCAUGUGUCCAUGGAGUCUGUAUGGAUGGCAUUAAUCGUUACAGCUGUGUUUGCUCACCAGGAUUCACAGGGCAGAGAUGUAACAUUGACAUUGAUGAGUGUGCCUCCAAUCCCUGUCGCAAGGGUGCAACGUGCAUCAAUGAUGUGAACGGUUUCCGCUGUAUCUGCCCUGAGGGGCCCCACCAUCCCAGCUGCUACUCACAGGUGAACGAGUGCCUAAGCAAUCCCUGUGUCCACGGAAACUGCACUGGGGGCCUCACUGGAUACAAGUGCCUCUGUGAUGCAGGCUGGGUUGGCAUCAACUGUGAAGUGGACAAAAAUGAAUGUCUUUCUAAUCCAUGCCAGAACGGGGGAACUUGUGACAAUCUGGUGAAUGGAUACAGGUGCACUUGCAAGAAGGGCUUUAAAGGCUAUAACUGCCAGGUGAAUAUUGAUGAAUGUGCUUCGAAUCCAUGUCUGAACCAAGGAACCUGCUUUGAUGAUGUAAGCGGUUAUACUUGCCACUGUGUGCUGCCAUACACAGGCUCCACAAGGACAGGGCUUUCUGCCUGCUCGUUAGGUGCAGGGCCCCCACUCAUGAAGCAGUCAGUGCCUGUCACAGAGCCAGAGAUCAAGAAAUGUUUACUAAAUAAACAAAUGAUGUUUUCAAGUAAUCAAAACCCUGCUAAAGAGCUCUGA